GCGGUCUCUGUUGCAAUCGGGUCUCACCGACGGUCAGACGCUUUACAGAGAAACAAAACAAACCAGCGCCUCUGUUUAACCAUUUGAUUGUAUUCAAACACCUAGAACCACCAGGUAGCGUUGGGUAAGAAGCCAGACGUCGGUAUAUAAAUAGAUAAACAACAGUAGCCUUUGUCGAGCGGGAUUAACGAUCAUUUUCUCAGAAUAGCUUAAGAGUAUUUUUAGCGAGAAAGCUAAACGUUACGAGAUAGUCACGCGACGGUGUACAGUCUGCUAGCUGUCGUAAACCACGUUAUCUAACCAACAUUAUCCAGCAUUAGGCAAGUUAUCUAUUGGUUGUCAGGUCGUUACCAUCUUAGACUCUGACACCCAAAACCAAAUAGGCAACGAUAGCCGAAACCCGCGCUACAGCUGCCCAACGCUAGCGUGUAGCUUACACUGCAGGCAGGAGUCAUUUUUCGUUGAUUGGGCAACAUUUGGAAAGUAGAAUGUGAUAAACGUGGGUACGGCUCGUUUCCCACCAGUGUAGCUCCUGCUGCUGCUUCGGCGGUGAAGUCAUGUAUGACGUGAGCUGCCCAUUGCUCAACAGCAUCCUGCCCACUUUGUAGCGGUGGAAAGGUUUGGUGCCCAUCGCCGGGAGAUUUCGCCUCGUUCAGCGGCAACAUGCCUGGAAUGGUGGUGUUCGGUCGGCGCUGGGGGAUCGCCAGUGACGACCUUGUUUUCCCCGGUUGCGUUGAAAUGUUCGUCCGUGUGCUGUGGUGGAUCGGCACUGUGAUCCUCUACACUUACCACAGGGGUAACUUCGAUUGUAACGGUCGAGGAGUUCUUCACACCUACCUGGUGGGACUGUUGGUUGUGCUCGGGCUCAUCAUCCUGUCAUUAUGGGCUAUUGUCUAUGUCAGUGGCCAAGGAACCAUCACAAACCCUGGCCCGCGACGCUCUAUCCCUGCACUGGUGUACCUGCGAGCUCUUCUCUACAUUCCUGAGCUAGUGUGGGCCUGUAUGGGAGCCGUCUGGGUGUCUGACGAUAGCAAAGGCUGCGAUCUUGCCACAGUGGGUUCUGUCAUCGCAGCAGUGAUUGCCAGCUGGAUCAUCCUGCUCUUUACGGCGGUUGGCGUGCUGUUUGUGUUUGACCCCCUGGGUAACCCACGUCCUCAGCCCCCUGCCAUGGAGCCUCUGGGAGUGCGAGACAUGGAGAGCACCGAGGGCACCCAGUUCUUCUCCACAGCUCGCUCCCUCGCCAUCAAGGUGUGGGAGAGCAGGCUGCGGCUCCUGUGCUGUUGUCUGCCGCAGGAUGAAAGCCACCGAGCGGCGUUCUCCAGCAUCUCCCAGCUCUUUAGCGGAUUCUUCUCGGACACAGAUCUGGUCCCCAGUGACGUAGCAGCUGGUUUGGCUCUGCUGCACCAGGAGCAGGAUAAAAUGGAGCUAAGCAGGGACCCAGACGAGAUAGUGCCUCACAGUCCAUCCUCUCCCAUUGGAGAAGAUUUGGAGACAGAGUUGGAGAAAGCAGCUCACUGGAUGCAGUUUGCUGCAGCAGCCUAUGGCUGGCCGCUGUACAUUUUCUCCAAUCCCCUCACUGGGCCCUGCAAACUCAGUGGAGACUGCUGUAGGAGUCGUGCAGCUGAGUAUGACAUCGUCGGAGGAGACCACCUGGGCUGUCACUUCUCCUCCAUCCUGCAGAGCACUGGUUUGCAGUACAGAGACUUCAUCUACGUCAGCUUUCACAACCAGAUCUAUGAGAUCCCCUUUUUCGUGUCUCUGGAUCACAAGCAAGAGGCCAUCCUGGUGGCCAUCAGAGGAACACUGUCACUGAAGGACGUCCUGACAGACCUGUCUGCUGAAUGUGAGAACCUGCCUAUAGAAGGAGUGAUGGGAGCCUGCUACGCUCACAAGGGCAUGUACCAGGCGGCCAGUUACAUCUACAAGAAGCUGGUCACGGAUGGCAUCCUGAACCAGGCCUUUUCCGUCGCACCGGAGUAUAAACUGGUCAUCGCUGGUCACAGUCUGGGCGCUGGCACAGCUUCACUGCUGGCCCUACUCCUGCGCAACUCCUUCCCCAACCUGCAGUGCUACGCCUUUUCUCCACCAGGGGGACUCCUGAGUAAAGCCUUAGCUGAUUACUCCAAGGACUUUGUGGUGUCUGUCGUGUUGGGAAAGGAUCUGGUUCCCAGGCUCAGCAUUCCUAACAUGGAGGAUCUGAAGAGAAGGAUUCUUAAAAUAGUUUCAAACUGCAAUAAGCCCAAAUACCGGAUCCUGCUGCAGGGGUGUUGGUAUGAGCUGUUUGGAGGAGACCCGGACGAUUUCCCCACGGAGAUGGACAACAGGAGGGAGGAGGAGCUCAGCCAGCCGCUGCUGGGGGAGGAGUCACUGAUGAUUCGCCACUCAUCAUCCUAUCAGAGCCUUGCAUCCGAUGACUCGCCUGCCCACAAGGCGGCUUAUUUACCCCUGUUCCUACCUGGACGCAUUCUGCACAUCACAGAUGACGGGCCGUCGCGGAGAUCCUGUUUUUCCCAGGUCAGGUACCGCGCUGAGUGGUCCAAUGAAAUGGCGUUCAGGAGCAUUCUGAUCAGCCCCAGGAUGCUUUCGGAUCACAUGCCUGACGCUGUGCUUCGAGCGCUCAACAGUCUGACCAGCGAAAGGCCCUUCUCCCUCUGCCCGUCGUCUCGCAACGUCAGCCAGCACAACACUAUCUGACGUGUCCCAAACACACUGACUCCUUGUCCUGUCUGCUAAGCCUACUCCUGUAUAUAACCGUGUAGGUCCCAGGUCUUAAUAUCAGGCUUUUAAGUAUAUACAUUUGGAGUUGAUUGUAAUGAAAAAUGGAAACACAUGAAAGAUUUAUCUGUUGUGAUCUGCAUGAAUGAAAAGCAACAUGCUGGAGCACCAGGACUUGAUUGUUAAAUUGCACUUUUAAUUAUUUGAUGUAAAUAAUUUGUUUUCUCCCAGCUCUCUGAGUUACUUCAAGAGCAAACCAUGCCAUGAUCUUUGAAUGUGCAUUGUGCCGUUGUAGUGUAAUGUCAGUGUUCAUCUUAUGUUUGUGUGUGUGAGUGUUGUAUGCAUGGUGGAGGCUGCCCCCCCCUCCUCGUGCACGCAGCAGUGUCGGCUCUGGUCUUCCUUAAACGUGGAGAUGACUGAGGAGCAGCCUCAUUCUGUAUGUGAGGAUGUGGAGGUAACUCUCACCUCCACAUGUGGACUUCAGCUUCAUGUCUCCAUUGUAUUAGCAACUGUGGUUAGUCCGUCCUGUGUUUAACCUCUUGAGACAUCAGGGUGAACAGUGCCUAUGCAUUACAGAAAAAGUCAGAAUUGUUUUUCAGAAACUCUGAAGAGUGCCGUGUGUUUACAGUAAGUUGUUCUGCAUUUUCUCCAAUGCAGUUUGAAUCGUGCACAGUGUGUGGUAUAAACAUGAUAGAUGUAAGUCGUAGAAAGAUUGUUCAUUUUGUGGAAGCCUGUUUACUUGCCAUGGAUAUUGCAUCUUUUAUUUCAGGUAAUAUAUUUAAGUUUCAAUAAACUGAUGCCUGCAUAACUAUUUCACAUCCUCAAUGAAAUGCGUUGGACUCCUUGGUGCAAAUAAAUGCUUCUCCUGAA